GUCCAUUAUACCUUUAAUCCCAUAUAAUAACUGCUUAAUUUAUUAAACCCUUAAGACAGACGGAUAUAGGCACCGUAUAUAGAAAUCUGCAGUUAACUGUGUCUUUGCAUACAAUGACGUAAAUGUGAAAAGGAGAACGAUCGCGUGAUGUGGGGUUAUGUAUAACCGGAUCUUCCUUUCUAAGAUCACAUUCAACAAGUCUCAACCUCAGUUUAUGACCAUCUGGUCCCGUUGAUAUCUCUUCCAAAACGAUGGCAUCUCUUCACAACGUUCUUUUGCUCGGCGGCAGUGGGAAGGUCGCUCAGCUACUGACGCCACUACUUCUCAAACGCUCGUGGAAUGUCACCAGCAUAAUCCGCGACCCCGCACAGAUCGCUAAUUUGGAGAAGCUUGGCGAAGGUCAGAGUGGAAAAUUGAGCGUUCUGGUUCGAAGUCUGGAAGAUGUCACAAGUGAUGCACAAGCAAAGAGCCUCAUAGAUGAGGUGAAGCCGGAUUAUGUAGUUUGGAGUGCUGGUGCCGGCGGAAAAGGGGCGCCGGAAAGGACAUUCAAGAUUGAUCGUGACGCGGCGUCUCAUUUCAUCCGCGCUUCCGUAGCGACACCAUCGGUCACUAAAUUCGUCAUGAUCUCCUUCAUCGGGUCUCGGCUGACCAAGCCAUCGUGGUGGACCGAGGAGAUCUGGCAAGAGGACCUGAACACUACCAGAAAGGUCCUUCAGAAGUACUAUGAGGCCAAGGUGGCGGCGGAUCAGGUUCUGUACGAGGAGGGGAAGAAGAGGACUGACUUUGCGGGUAUCUGUCUUCGGCCAGGCGCGCUGACGUUAGAGCCGGCAGGUAAUGUCAGGCUUGGGAAGAUCCCCGUGGCAAAGGGCACUUCCAGUCGCGCGUCUGUCGCGAACUUGACUGCAUUGUUGCUUGAUGCGCCUAAUGUCAAGAAUUCCUGGAUUGACAUGCUUGAUGGUGAUGAAGACCCGGAAGCCGCUGUGAAGAGAGUUGUUGAUGAGGGGGUGGACGCUGCUGAAGGGGAGCCAUUUUAUUAGAGCAGACGCCACGUUGCCACGGCUCAGUCUAAUUCAGGCCAGGAAGAAAAGUGUUUGCCGUAGGCUUUGGCUACAGGUAUCAGGCACCUAACAAAACGCCCUAGAGUUAAUAAAAAUUGGUGGAAUAGGCUAUGACCUUUGCCAUAACACUUUGCAUGCACGUACCCCUAUUCACACCCCGCAUACAAAACUUGGUUCAAAUAUGUCUCUAACUGAAGGACACCGAGAGGUCAUAAGUUCAUUCAAUUACUAUAAUAUCAUACCUAGUAUAUUUUGAAUUGGAUUAGGGGAGCUCAGGUUCAGGAUUCCUCACCUUAAAAUGUCAUCAGAGCGCCCGGCGCUACUUUGCGAGCCACGCAUUCCUGUCUCCAGGCAGUCAUGAGGAAGGCACCAAGUAUGGCAACAUUCAACAUCAUAAGAGUUGCGAUGAGUUGAAUCUCCA